CAUCGGUAAGGUCGAGCUCGCAAUACUACUAGAGUUGCGACAACUACUAAUCCAUUCGGCGUCUUUUCUAGCAUGGCCACAGUAGUCCCGCCACCUUCGAAGCGACAAAAGCGCGACAUCUUGGAGCGCUCGCAAAUACAGCAAGAUGUCACUUCUACUACGCUCACCGGCUCUAUCAGAGCACGCUUUGUCGAUAGCGACGGCAAGGAGCUCGCCGAGACUGUUGAGAUCCCCCUAGCCGAUGCGACAGAAAGGAAUGUUUCAUCGUUGUUGAAUACAUUGCUCCAAAGGGACCGCGAAGAUUUCACUCCAUAUCGAUUUCGCAUACAAGUUCCGAAUUCCAAUACAGUCAUAGAUACCUAUCCCACGCCGGCCGAGUUCCUUGACGUGCUUCGCAAGCAUGGCGUGGAAAAUCCUUUCGAAACUACUCUUUCUCUCACCGCAGAGCCACAGUCCGUUUUUAAAGUCAAGGCGGCAACCCGUAUGGCCCAUAGAAUUCCCGGACACGGUCAACCGAUCCUUACUGCCCAAUUUUCCCCCAAGACUGGCGCAAUACUUGCAACAGGCUCAGGAGACUCUACAGCCAGAAUCUGGAAUACAGAGACUGGCACCCCGAAACAUACAUUACAGCACUCAGGUUGGGUUCUAGUAUGUUCCUUCGAUCCCUCUGGGGAAUAUUUGGCGACGGGUAGUAUGGACAAGAUGGUCCGUCUGUUUAAUCCAGACACUGGGAAGCAGAUAGGAAAACCAUUCACUGGCCAUAGUAAGUGGAUUACUAGCAUAGCAUGGCAGCCAUUUCACUUAUGGCGGGAAGAUGGUCCACGACUUGCAAGUGCUAGUAAAGAUGCUACAAUUCGCGUAUUUAUGACUUCUGGCGUAACACAUCAUGUACUGUCCGGGCACAAAUCUGCCGUGACUAUGGUCCGAUGGGGUGGCUUAGAUCAUAUUUAUUCUUCCAGCCAAGAUCGCCAAAUAAAGAUCUGGAAUGCCUCAGAUGGUACUCUUCGACACUCAUUAAACUCCCAUGCUCACUGGGUUAAUCACAUUGCCCUUUCGACCGACAGUGUUUUAAGAACAGCGUUCUACGAUCACACGAAAGCUGUUCCACCCUCCAUGGAGGAAAAAAAGGCAAAGGCCAAAGUUCGGUUUGAAAAGGCCGCCAUGCAAAAUGGCAAAAUUGUAGAGAGACUCGUAUCAGCAAGCGAUGAUUGCACAGUCUAUAUAUGGGAUCCGGAAUCUCAAGGUUCAAAACCUAUCAAUAGGCUUCUGGGGCAUUCGAAACCAGUGAAUUCUACGGCUUUCUCGCCUGAUGGUAGACUAAUCGCCACGGCAAGCUGGGAUAAUUCUGUCAAGAUUUUUGAUAAAGACGGCAAGUUUUGUGCUACUCUCCGCGGCCAUGUUGCACCCGUAUUUCAGGUUGCGUUCAGCGCAGACUCACGACUUUUAGUUUCAUGUAGUCGAGAUACCACAGUCAAAACGUGGGAUAUGCGGACCUUCAAACUGACAACUGACUUACCGGGCCACGAAGACGAAGUAUAUGCUGUAGCGUGGUCAGCAGAUGGAACAUGUGUUGCAUCGGGUGGGAAAGACAAAGCUGUUAGGAUAUGGCGUCAUUAAAUUGCCCAUCCUGAUUACGUGAAACAAAACCUCAGCAUUGCAACACGCCCCAUUCUGUCGCCAUUUGCAUUAUAAUCACAUCUAUAUAGUCCACUAGCAAUGGAAAAGGAGACUUUCCCAUAGGCAUUCCUUCUCCGACAAGAAAAGAUCAGGAAGCAAUGAUUAGAUGAGAGAAGCUCCUCGGUGUUGUGCAAGGCAAGGGAAUACUAGAGUUGCUCAGGACUCGUGGACUAGUGGCCAUUAUUUUAAGCACAGAGAAUUUCAUUGCUGUAAUGGAUCGAGAUCUAACAAACGCCGUCUUGGCAUCAGCCGAUGAAAUACUUAUAAGACAUUAGCUGGCGAGGUGCGGGUAUGAAGAACUUGGAGCGACAUGAGCAUUUGAAUGAAAAAAAAAAAAAGAAGGUUAACAACAAACUGCGGGGUUUCGGUUUCACGGCAUGUACGAUUGCAAACCUAACAAACAACGCGUAGAGAACUGGAAGCUGACAAAAUGAAAUGCGCCGGAUUGGGCAUCGAGGCUCUUACGGCCGCCAGGAGCAAAACCUCCUUGAAGCGAAUGGGAUUGGAGGUCAGUGCACCAGCAAUACUAUACUUCGUAGUUUUUGGCGGCCAACGCGCACCUCCUCUUUUCAUGAGAAUUCUACUGAUUGGAGUAACUGCUCCCUCCACGCAAAG